GCGUGCGGUUCCGGGUCGUGCCGCGCCGCAGCCUGCGUCUGUCUUGCCGCAGUGCCACACCCUCGCUCUUCGGACCCGGGCAGGAGGUGGCGGCUGCGGGGCAGCUCUCGGUGGCACAAAUGGCUGAGGGGGACGCAGGCAGCGACCAGAGGCAGAAUGAGGAAAUUGAAGCAAUGGCAGCCAUUUAUGGGGAGGAAUGGUGUGUCAUUGAUGACUGUGCCAAAAUAUUUUGCAUUAGGAUUAGCGACGAUAUAGAUGACCCCAAAUGGACACUUUGCUUGCAGGUGAUGCUGCCGAAUGAAUACCCAGGUACAGCUCCACCUAUAUACCAGCUGAAUGCUCCUUGGCUUAAAGGGCAAGAACGUGCAGACUUAUCGAACAGCCUUGAGGAAAUAUAUAUACAGAAUAUUGGUGAAAGUAUUCUUUACCUCUGGGUGGAGAAAAUAAGAGAUGUUCUAAUAGAAAAAGCUCAGAUGGCAGAACCAGGUCCUGAAGUAAAGAAGAAGACUGAACCGGUGGUGGUUAAAUGUGAAAAACCACGCAAGCCACCAAGUCAGCCAGGAACGUCAGCUAAAGCAGCAAACACUAAAGUCAAGGAGAAGCGAGUAGAAGUGGAAGAAGUACCCCCGAUUGAUCACGGUGUUCCUAUCACAGACCGAAGAAGCACUUUCCAGGCACACCUGGCUCCUGUAGUUUGCCCGGAGCAGGUGAAAAUGGUUCUUUCCAAACUCUAUGAGAAUAAGAAAAUAUCUAGUGCUACUCACAACAUCUAUGCCUACAGAAUAUUUUGUGAGGACAAACAGACUUUCCUGCAGGACUCUGAGGAUGAUGGGGAGACUGCCGCAGGUGGGCGUCUCCUUCACCUCAUGGAGAUUUUAAAUGUGAGGAAUGUCCUGGUGGUAGUGUCCCGCUGGUAUGGAGGGAUUCUGCUAGGACCAGAUCGCUUUAAACAUAUCAACAACUGUGCCAGAAACAUACUGGUGGAGAAGAACUAUACAAGCACACCAGAGGAAUCAUCUAAGGCUGUGGGAAAGAACAAAAAAGUGAAAAAUAAGAAGAGAAAUGAGCAUUAAUUCUAUGAAAGGCUAAUUUGCCUACAAGUGUAUACACAUUCCAUAAUCAUCAAGGAGUAUAUUGUACGCGAGUAUCCUUGACCGUGCUCAAGUCAGCCAAUUCACCGUGGACACCAGCAUUAUCUUUGUCGGUUACACCAUCUACCAAAAAUAGCCAGCUUAUGAUAUAUUCAUGUGUGUUUCAGGCUUGCUUGAGAGAAUUGAUUGGACCUUAAUUACACUUCAUCUAAUUCUGGAAGGCAACAGUUGCCCAGGGCAGUAUUUGAAUUACUGUCUUUUUUGGUGUGUGUCAAGUGCCUUUGUUAGGUAGGGGAGACAGAUCUCUAGAGGAAAAUCAAUGCCUGAGUUUUUGUCGUAGGGAUUCUUGUACCGUUAAAUGAAUGUUGCCUUUUACUGCUCUUAAUGGCUUACUGGAACAAGAGUUCAUGGAGGAUUGAUCUUGGAGAGUUUGUUCUUGUGAUUUCGGUUCAUGAGUGUCACCUCCAUAGUGUUCAUCAUUGAAUAAUAGAUCAAGUGAAAACCUAGGAGUACCCAUCUACAGUUACGUGCUGAGGUGAUCAUCCAUGUAACAUUUGUUAGCAUAAAUGUUAUGCCUCUAUUUUGUCACAAAUUUGUGAUUGUGAAGUUUCAAAAUGUGAUUUCCUAGUCUCUGCAUUUUAAUGGGGGUUAAUUCUUGUAAUGUAAAGCUGUGAAUAUGGAGUGUUAGUAGGCUCCUUCCACCCCUGAAAUGUGUUGAUGUUACUAUUACAGUUUCUUUCAAAACCUUUAAAGUAGUACCCUUCUCGUGUUCUUCAUUGAGGAAUUAGAACCAUGCAAGAAGGGAGGCUAUGGUUAAUGGAACAUUAAUAGAAUGGGAUAGAGGCGGUACAGUGUUGCUGGUACAGGGCAAGAAUGGGUAAGGUAGUUUAUGCAUACUUCCCAUCUGAGCUCCUGACAGCUUUCUCAAUUCUAUGAUUUUGCAGAGAGAAGGAACAAAAACUUAUGGUUAGAACAAAACAAAGAAAUCCUGUCUUCUUUCACUCUUGUCCUUUUUUUUUAUCAGUGUUUCUUUCCUCUGAAGUUGCCUCUGGCAAUUCAGACAAUUAAUUAAUCUUCAAGAUAAAAAAGUAAGUCAUGAACAGUUCCCUUUGUAUGAUUGUGAACAAUUGUUAAAAAGUUCUUCCUUAGGGGUUAGCGUUAAGGUGCAGCUGGUUAAGCCUCUGCCUGACAUGCUUAAUAUCCCACAUAGGUGCUGGUUCAUGUCUGUGCUACUCUGCUUCCAAUCCGGUUUGCUGCUAAUGUGCCUGGGAAAGAAGAUGGUCUUGAGUGUUUGGGCUCCUGUCACCCAUGUGGGAGACCCAGAUGGAGUUCUGGGCUCCUGGCUUAAUCCUGGAUUAGCUGUGCCCAUUACAGGCGUUUGGGGAGAGAAUCAGUGGAUGGAAAAUCAAUCUCUUUCUUUGUUCCCCAUUCCCCACCACCUCUGUAUCUCUGCUUUUCAAAUAAAUAAUUGUUUUUUAAAUAAAAAAGUUCUUCCUUGUUCACAGAAAUUAGGAGGCAGCAUAGGAAGCACAGAGAACUGGACAGAUUUUCUUUUACUAAUGCUUUACCUUUAAAAGGUGUAAAAUUUUUACUUGGUGUUUUUUACUAAGAAUCUGCUAAUUGCUUUACACUAAGAUAGGUUAUGAGUCAAACUCUAAAUCAUUUUUGUUGUAAUUGUAUUUGAUGCUGUGAAUGAUCAAGAAUCCUAGAAGGAUCUUUUAUGUAUAUUGGAACAUGUACCUCAGAUUCCAUGAAGAGUUAAAUAUAUCCUGUGUGUUAACUCUUAAAACUAAAUAAAUUAGAGGUUAGUAAUUAAUGAAAUAAUUCCACAAUUUUUACAUGUCAGAUCUUUGAAAAGGAUAAGACAGUAAUUUGAAAAUGAAUGAGUUAAUUCUUCGUAAAAAAACUAAAUUUGAAUUUAUUGUUUAACAUUUAUUUAGAUCAUUUAAAUUUUUUACUUGAAAGGCAAGAAGACAGACACAGGAGAACAGAUCCUGCAUCUGCUGCUUCAUUCCCCUAAUGCUGGGCUGGUGCUGAAUCAAGCCAAAGCCAGGAGCCUGGAUGGAACUCAGUCCAGGCGCCCAGCUGGGGUGGCAGAAUCCAAGCCGAGCCAUCACCUGCUGCCCCCAGGGUGUUCAUAGCAGGAAGCUAGGAUCGGAAGUGGAGUCAGGAGUGAAACUCCUACCCCUACAUGGGAUGUGGGCAUCUCAGAGAGUAUUUUCACUGCUGUGCCAAACACCCACCCCUCUUUUAGGUCUUUAAAGAAAACAAGACAUCUUUAUACCUGUGAUCUUAUUUUUUCCUUUUUAAAAAAAAAAUCUUAUUUUUGUUUUUUACUAUAUAGUUAUUAACUAUAUUUUACUGAGUAAAAAAAAAAUGUUCUUAGCCCUUUUGCCCAAAAUCAGUUAGUGUAGGAGGGAGAGGUCCAGAUUUCUCUAGUUCUGAACUCUGGGUUACUUCACUUCCUACCAUUAAGGAAAAGCUAACUGAUGGCAGUAUUUUCCUCCUCUAUUUAAAAUUUCUCUUGAAUAGAGGAUUUUCCAGUUACUUUCUAUAACCAGAUCUAUGCUGUGGCAUAUUUUAUAUUCUUUAAGAUAUUCUCCAUAUGCCAGCAUAUAAGAGCAAGUCGUGUCUACUUUGUAAGUGGGAAUAGCAGUUGCUGCAUCCAAUGUAUGCUUUUGAGGUAUGUAUCAUGAAACAGACUAUCGGAAGAGAAUUAUAUCAAAACUAAUAACAAUCCAGAAAGAACAGCAUGAAAUUAAUACUAUUUGGAGGGCUGGUGAAACUUAUUGCAGAAGUUGCAUAAUCACCUCUAAUUCCCCCAUAGAGAUAAUCAUUUUAACAUUUGGUACGUACAUGUUAUUUUUUUCUUAUGCAUGAUUUUGUAUAUAUGACUAUUUUUCUUUCCAUAAAAAUGGUAUUAAACUGUAUAUACCGUUUUGUAUCUUACAUAUUUCAUAUAGAAGUAUAUUGUUAACAUUUUCCCAUGUCAAUAAAUAUUCUUCUAUGGCUUAAGUGUUUUGUGAGUGCAUUAUAUUCUGUCUCCUUGGUAUACUAUAAUUUACUAAUUCACUAUUGAUUUCUGAUUUUUACUUUUUUAAAACAAAUUCCCAUGUUAUGAAACAACUGAAAAAUUGUGUCAUUGCUUGUAGAUUUUUUGUGCCGAUCUCUGAUUCUUUAUUAGAUUAAACUCUUAGAAAUGAAAUUUCUUGGUCAAAGAUUGGCACAGUAGUAGGUUUCAGUUGGUUCAGCCAAACUGUUCUCUAGGUAAGUUUCCUCAGUUGAACCAUAAUUGUAUUAGAAUAUACUUAAAGCAUGCCUGUCAAAGAUGUAGAAAAUAAGUAAUAUGAUAAA